AUGCGAUUAACAGUCGAGCUCAUUCACAAUUCCCUUUCAUAUAUCAAUCCGCUGAAAGAGCGAGAGCUAGAUCUUAGAGGUCACAAAAUUCCUUCUAUUGAAAAUUUGGGUAUCGCCAAAGAUCAAGAUGCAAUCGAUUUCACCGAUAACGAUAUCUCUUCACUCUCGAAUUUCCCUUUUUUCCCGCGCUUACGGACCCUAUUGCUUGCGCGCAACCGAGUGAAUCACAUCCAGCCUGCGCUGGCUUCGUCAAUACCGAACUUGGAGACCUUAGUGCUUACGGCAAACAAUAUGGCGGAGUUGGCGGAUCUCGAUCCGUUGCGCAACUUUGCCAGACUUACGCAUUUGGUGUUGAUGGAGAAUCCGGUGACGAGGAAGGAGCACUAUCGAUACUGGGUCAUCUGGAGGAAUCCACACAUCCGCUUCCUCGAUUACCAAAAAGUAAAAGACGCCGAGCGCGCAAAAGCUACUGAGCUAUUCGGCACGUUUGAACAACCCUCAGCUCUCGCUUCGAAGAUCAUAGGCAUCAAAUCGCGAACAUUCGAUGUGCCAUCCACAGGUGCUGCGGCGGGGCAAGCCACCGCCGCUGGUGGUGACAGGGCUGUCCGCGUAAAGCUUACAGAAAAGGAGCGCAAACGCGUGGAAAAGAUGAUCCGGGAGGCGAAGAGCUUGCAGGAGAUUGCACGUUUGGAGAAGGAAUUGAACGAAGGGCGUAUUCCGGGCGGAGCGUUAGACGAGUUGGACGAUGACGAGGACCCAGACCGGAUGCAGAUGUGA